AUGAAUUUGGAAGGGGUGGGUGAUGAAGUAAGAUGUCGUGCUUUUCCCGUAACAUUAGCAGAGCCGACAAUUCACUGGUUCAACGCUCUCCUCCAUGGCUCCGUGACAACCUUUGCUGACAUAACCCGUGCCUUCCUGGCUCAAUUCUCCACGCGCAUCGCCAAAGCGAAGCACCCAAUCAACUUGCUAUGGGUGACGCAGAGGAGCGAGGAACCGACCAGGAAAUAUCUCGAUAGAUUCAAUGAUGAAUGCUUGGAGAUUGAUAACCUAACCGACUCGGUGGCCAGUUUAUGCUUGACGAACGAGUUACUGAACGAAGAUUUCAGAAAGCACCUUACCACUAAGCCCGUAUGGACGAUGAAAGAAAUACAAAAUGUGGCUAGGGAGUAUAUCAACGAUGAGGAGCCCGGAGGUGGAGAAAGAACUAGGGAGCAUUCCAAGGACGGAGCGCCAGCUAAAGCUUUCAAGCCUUUUCCCCUGGUAGGGAAGUUCACCAACUACACCCCCCUGGCAGCCUCAAUUGUCGAAGUCUACCAGCAGAUUGCCGACAAAGGCAUCCUAUCGAAGCCCCAACAACUCAAGGAUAGAACUAGAGGGAACAAAAACCUCUACUGCGACAACCACAAGGGCUUCAGUCACAAGACCCAAGAUUGUUUCGUUUUGAAAGAUGCUCUGGAGCAGGCGAUCCGAGAAGGCAAGUUGGCAGAAUUCUCACACCUCAUAAGAGAACCGAGGAGGCGGGAUAGUGACCGAUCUGGCGACAUCAAGGGCCGCGCCGUGAGGCAGGAACCCGAGGAGGACAGUGAACGCGGCCUAGCAAUUGUGAACGUUGUAUUUGGUAGGGACGUUGCCUUCAGAUCACAGUUGGCAUGCAAGAAAGAUGCCAAGGUUUUGGCCGUGUCAUCGUCGGUCCCCGCGCCCUGCCUCAGGAGGAUCCCAUCGAUAUUGUUUGGACCAGAGGAUCAAUGGUUCGACGAUCUACCAGAGAACUCUCCUAUGGUGAUCACCGUAAGAGUGGGAACCGGCCUAGUCAAACAAAUCCUCGUUGACACCAGAGCCGAUUCGAACAUCAUGUUUUGUAAUGUGUUUGAUGCUCUGGGCCUCCAAGACACCAACCUGAGAACCCACCAGCACGGUGUGGUCGGCUUAGGUGAUAACUUUAUCAAGCCUGAUGAGGUAGUCUCCCUACCGGUCUCUAUAGGAGGAGGUCGAGGGAAGAAGUCAGUAAUGGCGGAAUUCAUGGUCCUGAGAGACUUCACAGCCUACAACCUCAUCUUGGGAAUAAAAACUGUCAAUGAGUUCGGAACAGUGAUUUGUACAAAGCUAUUGAUGAUGAAGUUUGUUGCUGACGAUUGGUUGGUUGGAUCCAUCAGGGGAGAUUUGGAAACGGCGAUCGCGUGUGACAACGCCAGUCUCUCCCUAAGAAGGAAAUCCAAAGAGGCAUCCGGGGUCUUCCUAGCCGAUCUAGAUGCCAGGGUCGACGACAAGCCCAGGCCAGAACCCGAAGGGGACCUCGAGAAGUUCAGGGUUGGCGAUUUGGAAGAAAAGUUCAACUUCGUGAACAGAAACCUCCCUCAUAACCUAAAAGAACCUUUGGAAGAAAUGAUCAGAGCCAAUGCGAUCUGUUUGCCUGGACACCGGUCGACAUGCCAGGGAUCGACCCCCAGUUCAUGUCACACCACCUAG